CUUCCCCCCGGCGGCCGCGGGUUCGAUUCCCGGCCCCGCCGCUUCCGCCUCUGGGGCCGGGCCGGGGGUCGCGCUGCUGCCAUGUCUUGCCACUUACAGAAGCUUUUUGGGACGGACGGGGAGCUGGAGGAUGAGGAUUUCCUCUCCGCUGUGGAAGAUGCAGAGAACCAGUUUGUGAUGCCCGGGCACUCCUCAGCCAGCGUCGUCCCGGUUCCUCCCAGUAAAACCCGUCCCAGUGAGCCCCAUCCCAGUGAACCCCAUCCCAGUAAAGCCCAUCCCAGUGAACCCCAUCCCAGUAAAUCCCAUCCCAGUACAGCCCAUCCCAGUGAAUCCCAUCCCAGUGAACCCCAUCCCAGUACAGCCCAUCCCAGUAAAGCCCAUCCCAGUAAAGCCCAUCCCAGUGAACCCCAUCCCAGUGAACCCCAUCCCAGUAAACCCCAUCCCAGUGAACCCCAUCCCAGUGAACCCCAUCCCAGCAAAGCCCAUCCCAGUGAACCCCAUCCCAAUAAAACCCAUCUCAGUGAACCCCAUCCCAGUGAACCCCAUCCCCGUAAAUCCCAUCCCAGUGAACCCCAUCCCAGUGAACCCCAUCCCAGUGAACCCCAUCCCAGUAAAGCCCCCUGGCUCCGGCCCCUCUCCGGGCAGGGCGAGCAUCCCGUGGGGUUGCAGGGCCCCCCUCCGUGGGGAGCAGCCCCCCAAGACGAGCUGGACAAUUUGGACAACGAGCUUUUCCUGGCUGCCUGCAGGGAGCUGGAGGGGCCCGUGGUGGCCACAGGGCACGGCCAGAAGCCACCACGGAAGGAGAACACCCAGGAAUGUGUGAUCCCCAAAAAGCUCAGGGUGGGAGAGGAGCUGGCCCCCCUCUCUGGGGGGUCUCAGGACAGGCAGGGCCCCCUCCCCAGUCCCAAACUGGUGCUGCGGCCCAGCACUGCUGGUGUCUGCGCCCCCAGACCCCUCCCUUCCCUGGGGGAGCCAGGAGGGUCUGUCCCUGCUCCGGGGGCUCCGUCCCUAGCAGGGAGCAGCCCCUCAGUGCCCUGGACCCCCCCAGCACAGCGCUGCCCCCCACCCAGGCUGCCCCCCAGACCCCCCAAGCCUCAUCUCCAGCAGCCCCCCGGCCCCCCAAAUCCCCCCAACGCUCCCGGCCCCCCGACCCCCCCCGUGGUCACCAACCACCUGGUGCAGCUGGUGACAGCGGCCAGCAAAGCCCCCCGGAGCCGGACACGAGUUCCGCUGGGCAGGGAGAGCCGGCGCUUCCCGGGGCCCGCCGGGAUCCUGCCGCAGCAGCACUCUGGGAAGCUGCUGGAGGAGAUCCUGGUGUCUGCUCCCCAGACUCCAGCUCACGGGGCCGUGGCGAAGCCGCGGGCUCAGGCACUGCCCAGCUCCCCGCUGCCCUCGGAGGAGGAUUUUGGGAGGGGGCCCUGGCUGGCCAUGAAGACAGAGCUGGGGCUGGAUGAGAGGGACCCCAGCUGCUUCCUGCACACCUACAGCGUGGUGAUGGUGCUCCGCAAGGCAGCCCUGAAGCAGCUCCCCAAGAACAAAGUGCCCAGCAUGGCCGUGAUGAUCAAGGCCCUGACCAGGAGCAGCGCUGGUGCCGGGGCCGUGUUCCGGGACCCCACAGGGGAGAUGCAGGGCACGGUGCACAGGCUGCUGCUGGAGCAGAGGCAGAGCGAGCUGCGCGCCGGCGCCGUGCUGCUGCUGAGGCAGGUCGGGGUCUUCUCCCCCUCCCACCGCAACCACUACCUCAACGUGACCCCCACCAACCUCCUGCGGAUCUUCCCACCCGAGCCCGAGGGCUGCUCCCCCCGCCAGGUGCCUGCCCAGGCUGAGCUGAUCCCGGACCCCCCCACGCAGCCCCCCAGGGGUGUCCCUGUUCCUGAGGGCUGGGGACAGUCGAGGACAGGUGGACACAGCGCAGAGCAGCGUCCUGGGGGCUUCUCCCUGUGCCCACCGAGCUCUGGUCCCAGCUGGGAAGAGCUGGGGGGAGCUGGGUGUGACUUGGAUGACCUGGACGGGCUCCUGGAAGAGCUGCCCGAGGAUUUCUUCUCAGCCCCAGCACGGGCUGAGCCCAGCAGCUGCUGCUGAGGGUGGAGGUGACACCCCUGCCACCCACCUGCUCCUCUCCACGUGUGUGUGUGGUGUUUGUGGUGGAGCUGAGACCUGGGGAAUCCCGGCAGGGACACGGCCUCGGUGCUGUCCCCACUGUUUGCUCCCACACCUGCAUUAAAGGGCUGUUCUGUUUGUGCAUCA